GUUUGUUCUCAGACCUCUUCUUUUUCGAUGAGUCCUCAGCUUCUGUCACCUCACAAUUUCAGAGAUCUCUUCGAUUCCGUUGAAGCUUUUCUCUUCGACUGCGAUGGUGUGAUUUGGAAGGGUGACGAACUCAUCAAUGGCGUUUCAGAAACCCUCGACAUGCUUCGCUCCAAAGGCAAGAAGCUCGUAUUCGUCACCAACAAUUCCUGGAAGUCGCGGAGUCAAUACGCUCAGAAGUUCCGAUCCUUGGGAAUUCCCGUUUCGCAGGAUGAUAUUUUCUCCUCCUCUUUCGCCGCUGCUAUGUACUUGAAGAUUAACAAUUUCCCUUCACAAAACAAGGUUUAUGUUAUUGGUAGACAAGGUAUACUGGAAGAGUUGCAGCUUGCUGGCUUCACAGCUUUUGGUGGUCCUGGAGAUGCAAAUAAAACAAUAGACCUGAAGCAGAACUGCUUUGUUGAACAUGAUAAGAGUGUUGGAGCUGUAGUGGUUGGUACAGAUACCAAAAUUAACUAUUACAAGCUUCAGUACGGAACCCUUUGCAUACGUGAAAAUCCAGGAUGCCUUUUCAUUGCCACCAACCGUGAUGCAGUUGGAAAUAUGACUGCUUUGCAAGAAUGGCCUGGUGCGGGGAGUAUGGUUGCUGCUAUAUGUGGAUCAACCGAGACGGAACCUGUUGUGGUGGGGAAACCAUCAACCUUUAUUAUGGAGAUUUUACUUAAGAAAUUCAACGUGAGUUGCUCCAAAAUGUGUAUGGUGGGUGAUAGUCUAGCUACUGAUAUAUUGUUUGGACAAAAUGCUGGUUGCAAAACUCUUCUAGUACUUUCAGGUGUCACAACUCAAUCAGCUCUACUUGACCCUUCAAACAAUAUUCAUCCUGACUACUACACAAGCAAAGUUUCUAAUAUGCUCGACUUAUCGGGAACAUAAAUAGGUUCUUUCGAAGUUAGUCAUUCUCUGAUGACCCAUUGAAAUUAUAGAAUGAUGCUACAUUCACAGACAACAUCAUUUCACAUCUACUCUACUUUCACUCUAAUAAUAGUUGAUCUCAUUUCGUUUUCUAAUGCCUCAUUUUGGUAUGAGGUGAUGAGCACCAAUGAUUAUUAGAGGCUAUAAUAGUUGUUCUCCUGUGAAUCAGAAUCAUAACUGUUCCGAUUAAUUUAAAUAGCAUCUAGUACAUAUAACUGCACUUGCACUGUACUCAGAUUUUGGCGGGGAAUAUCAGACAUGACCUGGGUGAAAUUAUUCU